GGGGCCCAGCAGGAUGGCAGCUGGAGGGGCCUGGACCCCAAGACGUGCCCCCCCACCCUUCAGGGGUGCGGUCCCACCCUGACAGGGGCACCGGGGAGGGCCUGGGAAGGGAACCGUGAGAUCAAUGGAGGUGAGGCGGGCGGUGGCCUCGUGGGGCUCAGAGGGGCUUUAACCCCAGUGUCCCCCCAGGACAGGCUGCGGAUACCUCCCCGCUGAGGAGUGUGGGCAGCAGGUCUCCCUUCCCCGGCCGGGGCCUCUUAGGUCUCUGCAACUUGAUGUGAUGCUUGCAGGCUCUGGGAGGGACCGGGACUGCAAGGGGAGGGGGGUUCCUCUUGGUUUUCUGGUCCCCAGCAGGGCAGUGAACCCCCACCCUGCCCCCCAUAGGUGCUGCGGUGGAGGCAUCUGGGGCAGGAUCCCCCCCCCCUUCCCCGUGGCCGCGGAGGUCUGAACCCUGGGCAGGAAUUCCUUGCAGCCCCGGUGUAACGCCCUCCCUUCCCUUCCCGGGAGCUCGCCUCACAGAUGUUACUGAUCUGCUGCCUGGAGGAUGUUGAAACUCGGAGCGGUUAAGCUGUUUACCCGGGGCAGGCUCCGGAGCCCCCGACGAAGCCACUCAGGGGCUCGGGGGCUGUGGCUUCAGCCCCGCAGCCUCUGCCUGGGGACAGGCCUUGGUCAACGCCGCCUGGCUCCUGGGAUCGCAGCAGACGUGCAUGUGGGGACACGAAACCCAGCGAGGCGCGGGAAGGGACGCUGCGGGGUAGACUCUGGGAUUCUGGAGGGUUCUGCGAGAGGAAGGAGACCAGCUGGGGGGCGGGGGGAGCGACAGGGCUGUUUCGUACAGGGCUGAUGAUAUUCAGAAUAAUUUCUUUUUUUUAAUUUAAGAUUUUAUUUAUUUAUUCAUGAGAGUGGCAGAGACAUAGGCAGAGACCCAGGCAGAGGGAGAAGCAGGCUCCAUGCAGGGAGCCUGACGUGGGACUUGAUCCAGGGACCCCGGGGUCACGCCCUGGGCCCAAGGCAGGCGCCAAACCGCUGAGCCCCCCAGGGAUCCCAGAAUAAUUUCUUUUAAGCCACAGAACUGGACCGUUUCACAAAGACCGAGUUCACGCUGGUGGGAGGGGGGAGCGUUUGGAGCCGGUCACUUUCCUUCUCUUCAGCCCCCCCCCCCCCCAACUUGGGUCCUUGAGCAAAAUCGCGGCCACACGUCAGAUCUUCAGUGGAGACGAGAUAAGCUGAGCCGGAGCCGGUUGUCUCUACAGCGGUCCAGCCUGCCCCGGAGGAGCGGCUCUGUGGUUUUUAUCCAUUUGUCUUCUCUCCCCGCCUCCUUGGUCUCCCCCCAUCACUCUGUUCGUCGUGAGCGCGGGGCUAGCGGGUGGCCUUGGGGUACAGGACGGCCUUCAAUUUGGCCACUCACUUGUGUGUGUCUCGAAGGCUUAGGAUGGAGCCCAGGCCCCGAGCCCCGAGGACGGCGGACGCGUCCUGACCCAGCGGAGAGGGCGGCGACCCCAGCAUCCCCGACGUCGCCCUGGGGGCCGCCGGCCCGAUGGAGGUCGCCGCGGGGCUCGCCGAGGAGUCGGCCCCCAACACGUCCGCCUACUUCCCCUCCGUGCCUGCGCCCCACGGGGCCCACGCCGCGUCCUUCCCAUUCAACUUCAGCUACGGCGACUACGACCUGCCCUCGGGUGAAGAGGAGGACGUGACCAACUCCCGGACUUUCUUCGCCGCCAAGAUCGUCAUCGGCGUGGCCCUCGUGGCCAUCAUGUUGGUGUGCGGCGUUGGCAACCUGGUCUUCAUCGCCGCCCUGGCCCGCCACAGGAAGCUGCGGAACCUAACCAACCUGCUCAUCGCCAACCUGGCCGUCUCCGACUUCCUGGUGGCCGUGGUCUGCUGCCCCUUUGAGAUGGACUACUACGUGGUGCGCCAGCUGUCCUGGGAGCACGGCCACGUCACGUGCGCCUCCGUCAACUACCUGCGCACUGUCUCGCUCUAUGUCUCCACCAAUGCCCUGCUGGCCAUCGCCAUCGACAGAUACCUGGCCAUUGUCCACCCGCUGAGACCCAGGAUGAAGUAUCAAACGGCCACGGGCUUGAUCGCCUUGGUGUGGUUGGUGUCCAUCCUCAUCGCCAUCCCUGCCGCCUACUUCACCACCGAGACGGUCCUCGUCAUUGUCAAGAGCCAGGAGAAGAUCUUCUGCGGCCAGAUCUGGCCGGUGGACCAGCAGAUCUACUACAAGUCCUACUUCCUCUUCAUCUUCGGCAUCGAGUUCGUGGGCCCGGUGGUCACCAUGACCCUGUGCUACGCCAGGAUCUCCCGGGAGCUGUGGUUCAAGGCGGUGCCAGGUGUCCAGACCGAGCAGAUCCGGAAGCGGCUGCGCUGCCGCAGGAAGACGGUGCUGGUGCUCAUGUGCGUCCUCACGGCCUACGUGCUGUGCUGGGCGCCCUUCUACGGCUUCACCAUCGUGCGCGACUUCUUCCCCACCGUGUUCGUCAAGGAGAAGCACUACCUCACGGCCUUCUACGUCGUCGAGUGCAUCGCCAUGAGCAACAGCAUGAUCAACACCCUGUGCUUCGUGACCGUCAAGAACAACACCAUCAAGUGCUUCAAGAAGAUCAUGCUGCUCCAUUGGAAGGCUUCUCACAGCGCCAGUAAGUCCAGCGCCGACCUGGAUCUUAAAACCACAGGCGUGCCUGCCACCGAAGAGGUGGACUGCGUCAGACUGAAGUAACCCGCUGGGCCUCGCAACGUUUAAACAAAGACAGACUUUGGGACCCUGACCAGUGUACGGAAGAUACACCGUCAAGCAAGAAGCCUCGGGUGGCUGCCGGGGGCAGAGUGAAUGGACAACCCACCAGGCCCUGAUGUAGCCCAUCUCUAGGAUUGUCCUUCGGCUCGAGUUCUCUCUUAACAUUUGGGGCGUUGGAGCAUGAAUAGGAAACGGGCUCCUCGUUCUUUCCUCAACCCUUCUAGUCGCAUCUCUGGUCCUGUCACUGUGAGGAGCCUCGUGUGCAUGCACGUGGACACCCCAAUACGCGUGGCCAAGUUCUGUCCAAAUCUGCUCCGUGGCUUACAGCUGUGCCCAUACACGGUGAGGCUCAUCGUCAGGGGAAGCCACGCAGACCCUGGAAGCCGUUUGGUCAAGGUAUUAAGGGGUUCUGGGUGUCUUGACUUGCUCCGGGGAGGGCCUCGGCUCAGGCCGAGUAUAUCCUCUUGGCUCCAGGGGGAGGAGUUCAGAUGGCAGACCUCUGAGAGCCUGUGGGGCUCAGGGCAGGAGCUCGGGUUUUCUGGGGCUAAGGAUGCUUCUGCCCCUCAGUUAUUCUGACUUGGACCAAUUAGGCUUCCCCUCAAGUCCUGCUCUUGAAUCCACGCCUGGAAGCAUAGACUCUUUGAAAGUAGGCUCAGCCCCUCGUGGUGUGGCCAUCAGCCAUGUUCCACGUCCACCCGCUCUCCCCCUCGUUGUUACGGUUUGAGGGCAAGAUGAGUCCGUCACCAGUGCCCGAAGCCCAUCACAGCUGUUAAUCCUCUGGAUUAAGACUUGCUUCUCUCUCCUUGGGACAGAUCACCCGCCGUGUUCCCACUCCUCCGUGUAAGUGGAGCCUUGCGAUCCGGGGGCAGGUGGUGAAGGUUGGUGGGACAGCCCUGGGCGUCCAGGAAAGACGGGGACAUACCGGCGGGUGAAGGCGACCCCGUGGGAUUCAAUGCCUCCACGGGCUCGUCAAGAGCUCAUCCUCCUUUCUAACGCGCCCUCAUGGUGUAGUGUUUCCAAUUUUGGAAUUUGGACUUUUGGGACCAGAAGAUCUGAUCCAGCCUUGGCUCUGCCACCUGUGCGACCCUUGGGAGAGCUUCCCAAAGGGGACAAGGCUAAGGCCUGUGAGAGCUCCUGAUGAGGUGGUUGUGAAGAGCCGAGGAGCCGGUAGGUGGGUAACCAAAGGAGAGGACCGAUGACUGUAUAGCGUGCCCGACCAGGAAAACCUUGCCACCCUGGCUGCUGUGUCUGGGAACCUUACCGUCUCCCCUUGUCAUUACUCUUCGUGCACAUUUAUCCCUUUACCUCUCGUGGCCGCGCUGACGUGUCACGUCCCAACAUCACGCUGGUACCGCGAGGCAGAGACGUCUGGUGGUGAAGGUGCAACAGGGAGUGGCGGCGUGUCUCCCGCCGGAAGAUGAGCUCCGGGUUUUAGGAAUCUCAGAACGAGACUGUCUGUAAUCAUGGACGCGUUGACCACGUUCCUGCUGCCGGCCAGCGUGCGCCUGGGCAAUGUGACAUUCGCUUCUCGAUCUUUCUUUAGUUUCCUAAGUGUGUAUAGCCAAAGAGUAGAUGUGUCCUUUCCCUCUCAAAGAAUCCUAGAGCAGCACAUUUCAAAGGGUAUUUAACUGACACUCGUACGGCGUUUCCCUCCAAAUAGAGUCAACUCUUAAUUUUUGGCAGCAAACCUCAUUUUUUUUUCAAUAGUUACUGUAUUUCCUUGGAAGACACGUUCAAAGAUCCAUGUCUCCCUACUCACCGUCCAGCAGACCGUCCUACGGUGCCAUCGGAAAACUCUCAGAGAAUAAAAACUAAUUAAGACAUGAGCCCAAACCCGACACGUCCCGGAGGGCGGUACUUAGUCCUUAUAAGAUCACAUAUUCCGUUCUAGACUCGGGAAAGGUAGCUUCGGACCACAAAAUAGUAAUAGGACAUAGGUGGCUGUUGUCCCGUUCGCCUCUCCCAUUAGAAAUGCUAAGCGAGAGUCGACUAUCACGUGGCAGCCGAGCGGCUUUGCUUUUCCGCCUAGAACGUGUCCGCUUUGCACUCGUUUAAGUGUCUGUGACAUUCCUACUUGUUGCGUCUGCUUGGGAUUUUCCACAGUGAAUAAAAGUGUCGUGUUGUGAUCAAGUGAAAUAAAAAAAAAAAAAAAAAACCA